AUGAAAUCCCCAAGUGCGGGUUUUAACAAGCCGACAACGUCAACACAGUCGUUUAAAGCUCAACUCGUUCCGUGUGUCGAUGAAUUCACUUGGGAAACAUAUCUGGACGCUUGCGGAACACAGCCAGCACUUGGAGAUAGUUUAUUCCUUCACCAUAAGUUUGCGAAUUCGACUCUUUGCGAAGUGCUGCUCAAGACGGGGACCACAGUUUUUAUUCAAAAAGUUGGGCAACUGAAUCCGAAACAAGCGAUCAUUGAGACAACGGUGAUCAACAAAGUUUUCGUGCGCUACACUGACAACAAUGAGCGCGAGUUCGUCGAAUUGAAUGAGAUUCUCGAAGAGAGUGUGGCGAGAUGUUUAUUAAGAAAAAGGGAUCUAAAUUUGGCUCGUUUCUCACAUGAACACUUACACUUGAUGGGCGAAAAGAUGAAGGAUUUGAUCGAGAUCGGUGAAUACUUUGAGUUGCAAGACGAGCAAGAUCCGAGAGUCGUCUCCAUCGUAAAAGUUCUUCAAAAUCAUUCGGGAUUGAUCUUUUAUGGCAUCGAAGAAAAAGAAGAACCAAUUGGGUGUAUUCAUAUGGCAAAUGAACGAUGUCAUGCGGUUGGAUGGGGUCAACAAAGAGAACAAGCGGGUAUCGCCUAUCAUCAAAACGAUCAAAUUUUGCUCGAAAAAGCCCAUGAAAAACCAGUGAACCAGUUGAUUUUCGAGCACAAUCCCGUGCUAAGGCAUACAGUUAAGCUUGGACAAAUGGUCGAAGUGGUGGAUUCAUUUGGGAAUGGGCUUAUUUACCCAGGCUACAUAUCGGCUAUUUUAAACGAUUACUACUUUCGAGUGGCUGUAUGCACGGAAGACAUUGAUAGCGAUUAUGAGCUCACCGCUCAUUCAGCUCAUCCAUUCAUUUUUCAAGCUGGAUGGAGUAAAGUCAACGGAUUACGCCUUUCCACUCCAGAAGGCUUUGCCCCAAUUGGUUCCGGUUUGCCGAAAGAGUUCAAUUGGAUCUCUUUUCAGAAAAUGUAUCAACUAUUGGAACCAAUCGACGAGGAUGCGAUAAGCCAUCCGAUUGUUAAAGAGCUCCCCGAAGCUAUGCGACAUUUAGAGGUGUUGAACCAGCAAAAUGGUAUCCUGGGAACAGCUACAAUAGUCCGAGCAAUUCGUCACCUCUUAUGGCUCACGUUCGAUCAUUCACCCGUCCAACAACCACCUUCGAUUUUUGCCGUCAACUCCGAGCAAAUUUUCCCCUGCAAUUUCGCUCGUGAUCACAAUUUACCCUUCUUAAACCCACCAAGCUUCCGCUCAUUACCCGCUUUGAAAGAUGGAGAGAUCCGUUUCGGAAAGGACAAAUUGUUCACCCAUGUGCUCACCACAGUUUUUCAACCACCAAAACAACCAUAUCUUCCGGAGUGCUACAUUAAAUAUGACUAUUUCCUGCCUACAGUCUAUUUCAAUCAUCAUUGUUAUGUUGGUCCUUUUCUCCGCGCUGAUCGAGUGGCUCUCCUUCAAAAACAAUAUGGUCCAGGCACGAUGAUCAAGAUUAUCAAGUUGAUUUUUAGAGAUCUCUUUGGCUGUUUUUACUAUGUGAAUGACUUCUUUAAACUCUUUGAAUGGGGAGAGAGAACUUCAUUGCCGACACUUUAUGCAAAGAAAGAGCGCCGAAAGAAUCGUCAAAGUGAGCUGGGCAAAGUGUUGCACAUUCCCCGAUGUGAAUCAGCGAGAACAUUUGCUGGAUGGAUGCGGUCAAUUCUCCGUGUGCUUCAAGCUUGUCCAAAUUUGAUCUCAUUAGAGAAGAUCGCAAAGGAAUGUUGCCCGGAAAAGUGUGCUUUUGAGGAACAAAAAAACAAACUCUCAAUCCCAGCGCUUGGCCCUGUGGCUCCACUACCACCAAGAGACGUUCUCACGAGAUCUCAGACAACCGAGAAAAGAGAGCCGAAAAAGGAGCUGAAACGAUCGCUGCCAGCUCGGCCCUAUGCUCAACGGAUUACGCUUUCUCAACCACCAUUGCCGAAAAAAGCUCGUCCAGUGCGCGAGGUGACCCUGCAAAAGCCGGCAACGAUCACGAGAAACGAUCAACAAGAGAAUUUGGCAGCGCUUGCAAAGUUCCCAAAGUCAGAAGACGAUCAAUCUUCAGUAAAAAUGAGCAUUUAUGAGCCGAUUAUCUGCCCAAGUGACUCGCGAAAAGAGUCAGAAAAGAUGAAAACCCAAAUCGCAUCGGUUAUUUCUCCAUCUCCAUCAACUUCUUCAAUCACUAAUAACUCUAUUCACUUACAAACAAAUCCGAGCACUUGGGAUUGCGCCGAUCUUCAGGCUUAUCUAGAGGGACAAGGCGUGAACGCGGAUGUGAUUCGAUUUUUGAUUGAACAGGAACUUGAUGGCUCAACAUUUCUCAAUCUUUCCAUUGAUAUUAUUAUGGAAAAAGGACUCAAAUUUGGACCAGCUUUAGUCAUUGAAGGAGAAGUCAAGAAACUCAAAGACGCAAUCGAGAAACAUUUUCCGCAA